AUGCUCCAUCUAGCCUUUCAAUUGUCAAGUUCCAGCUUUUCAGAUAUCAUCAAAACCAUAAAGCCUGACUUGCUAAUAUAUGAUUUAUUCACACCAUGGGCUGCCACACUUGCUUCAUCACUAGGUAUUCCUGCAGUUUUUUUGCCACAUCAUAUUCUUUUGAACACCAUCAAUUUACAUAUGGCAAUGCUACAUUUCCCUUAUCAAGCAAUCUAUGAAAGGGACUAUGAAAUAGCAAAUGUGGAGGAAAAACUGUUACCUGUAGGACCACUUGUUACACAACCUGAUAAUGAAGAAGAUUAUUCAGAAAUCAUGCAUUGUCUAAGCAAAAAAAAUCAGUUCUCAACUUCGUUUAUCUUCUUUGGUAGUGAAAACUACUUGUCCUGGGAGCAGAUUGAAGAGAUGGCACGUGGCUUGGAGCUUUGUGACGUUAACUUUAUAUGGUUAAUUAGAUUUCCUGCUGGGGAGACAUCUGGUAUACAAAAGGCACCACCAGAGGGAUUUCUUGAGAGGGCGCAAGAGAAGGGUAUGAUCGUGCAAGGAUGGGCACCAUAA